AUGUCUCCACAACUCGUUUGUGCUAACCUUAGGUUAACCGGAAAUACACAUAAACAAGAGAUUGGAGUCUACGAUCUUCUGAGUUCUCGACCUACGGAUAUCAUCAUCUCUUCCACAUUUGUGAUUCAGAAAAUGCCCAAAAAGAGCUCAUCUAAGACGCAAAAAGCAGGGCUACAAAACCCUGUUGUAGCCACAUGGGAAAAGCCAAAAAAGCCUCCCAAAAAUUCGCCUCUACCAAAGGAGAAAGUGCACUCUACACCAAAAUCAUUUGGGCAAGAAAUCGAGGAUAUUUUCUCCAAAAAAAGAAAGAAACCGGAGCAACAAAAGAGCAAAAAAAGGGUUAAAGAUGGAAAACAUGAUGAAUCUUUGGACAGAAAGAAGCCAAGGAAUAAAUCUGGAGGGUCUAAUGUGAAAAUAUUUGAAAACGAACAAACUGUUACACCAAAGAGGAAAACAGGAGAUGGUCUAGUGAUUUACUCGGAAGAGGAGUUGGGAAUUGGUAAGGCGGAUGCUGGGGGAACUCGACUUUGUCCUUUUGAUUGCGAUUGUUGUUUUUGAUCUUUAAAGAAUGUGAAAAAUCUAUAAUGGAGGUUUUUUUAUGUAUUAUUUUUCUUAGUUUUAAGACAUU